AUGGACUCAGUGCCAUGUGGUCCUGAAGGAGUCAGAACACAUGUGGACUGCACAACUGGUGAGUUGACAGUCUUCUGGAACAUCUCCACUACUGCUGAGAACUACACCACCGUGAUAUCCAGAGGAACGGGCCAGCUUCUGUACUGUAAUUCCACAGAGGCACGGUGCAGUACAGGAAGACUGGAGUGUGGAAGCUCCUAUGCCGUGACGGUCUUUUCUAUCACUGGGAGGUGCAAAAGCCUGCCGAGCAGAGAGGUCACCGUGGACACAUUGCCGUGUCCUCCCACCAACGUCACAGUGACACGCACAUGUGCUCCACACCCUGUUCCUGUGUCAUGGCUCGCCAGUGAUGGUGCCAAAUAUUACACUGCUGUUGCUGUGAGCGGCGAAGGUCACAGGUCUGAGUGCACAACCAAUAAAACCUCCUGUAGCCUCACUGGGCUCCACUGUGGGGAGGUUUACACAAUUGGUGUUUCAGGAGCUGAUGACAAGUGUACAACUCAACAGAGCCACACUGUCUCUGUGAACACAGAACCAUGCGCUCCCUCUAAAGUGUCCAGCCAGCUGAUCUGUAGUGCUAGAGCUGCUCACGUGUCCUGGGACCCCAGACCAAAUGCACUGAGCUAUGCAGUGGAAGCCAUAAGUGAUGGGCAGACCCUCACCUGCAACAGCUCCAGCCCCAACUGCACACUGAGUAACCUGCUCUGUGGCCAAGCAUAUGAAAUUCUUGUGACUGCCACGGAUGGCACCUGUGUCAGCAACUACAGUGCCCCCUUCAGGCAAGACCAAGUGCCAUGUGCUCCAGGGAACAUCAGUACAGACUUGUCCUGCAGCACCAAUGACUUAACGGUCAGCUGGAUCUCUUCUUCUGCAUCCCUCAAUUACAGUGUCACUGCUGUGCCAUUAGCUGGAAAUAUAACUUCGGUCAUCUGCCACACUAAUGGUGCCAGCUGUGUUCUGAGCGGCCUUCAGUGUGGACAGACGCUUAAUGUCUCAGUGGAAGCGUCCUCUGGCAUCUGCAACGGACCGCACAGCCCUCCACAGACUGUUCAGACAGGACCAUGUGACUCCGUUAACGUGACCAGGGUCCUGCACUGUGGCUCAGACGUGGCCACGGUGUCCUGGAUUGCAUCUCCCGGAGCUGUGACCCACACUGUGCUCGCUCAGGAUGGCACAUCUCAUGAUUAUAUUUCCUGCAGGACUAACACGACUUCCUGUCAGCUGAAGCAGCUGCAGUGUGGGAAAGUUUACAACCUCACAGUCAUGUCUGAGGACGCCACCUGUAAUAGCACUGGAGCAAGCCAACAUGUUAUAAUGACAGCUCCAUGUCCUCCCACUUUCAUGAAUAACACUCUGAUCUGUGGCACCAAUUCCUCUUCUCUGUCAUGGACCCCGGUGGCUGAUGCUACAGGUUACACAGUUGACGCCACAACUUCAAACGGGCACAAAGUGUCGUGUAGCUCAGCCACUGCUUCAUGCACACUGACUGAUCUUCAGUGUAGUGAGACCUACACGGCUACAGUGACUGCACACAGCAACGAGUGCGACAGUGCGCCUGGAACCAGCACCAGCAUCACCACAGUUAUCAUCUCUAAGCAGUAUACCUGUGGCACCAGCACAGCAGUGUUCAGGUGGACUGACCCUGCGGGAAGCCUCAGUUUCCUCGCUCAGGUAGAAGGAGAAGGGCAUCAGGAUGGCUGCCACACGACAAAUACCAGCUGCGUGUUUGAAAAUCUCCCCUGUGGCUUGGAUUUGAAUGUAACAGUCCAGGCUCAGGGGGCGCAGUGCAACAGCAGCCCAAGUGUCAACGAAUCCUUAGAAACAGUCGCGUGCGCCCCACAGAACGUGAGCACUGCUCUGCUUUGUUUGAAUCAUUCAGCCCUGGUGACGUGGGUGGGAAGCCCCAUUGCUAUAGGAUACAAUGUGACAGCAACAGCACAGGAUGGACACACCCACCACUGCUAUACCAACUCUACCAGCUGUCAAGUCCUUGACAUCCACUGUGGUGAAACCUAUAGCAUUACGGUUACACCUUACUCUCAGACAUGCACAGGAAAUCCAAGUGCAGCCUACAGCUUUCAAGCAGGCCGUUGCGCUCCUGGUGUCAUCACCGUGUCUCCAGCUUGUGAAGGCAACAGCACAGUCUCCUGGUCUCCUGUAAUGGGAGCUGAUAUGUACAUAGCAACAGCAGUGGCAGAUGAUGGACACACUCAUACCUGCAGCUCAAACUAUUUAGACUCAUGCAAUUUCACUGACCUCCACUGUGGGGAAACCUACGCUGUCACUGUUGUCAGUGUGGACAGGGGCUGCUGGAGCGAGCCAAGCUCAGCAGUGCAGUUCAGGACAGCUUUGUGUCCACCCACUAACUUGACGGGUCAUGUCAGCUGUGAUGCCAACGCACUGACCCUCACUUGGGAUCCGGUGACUGGAGCUAUCUAUGUCUUACAGUAUGAGCAGAUAGGCGGCGCACUCCCUCAUUCAGCCAACGUCACCUCUAACUCUUCCCAUACUCUGUCUAAUCUGCUGUGUGGGCAAAGCCCCCUGUCAGCCCACAAACUUAACGGUCCAAGUGGACUGUGGGACAAACAAUGGGAAUUUCUCCUGGGAUGA